CAUUCCUCAUAUCAAAACAUCGAUUCUCGAUUUCUCAACUCUUUUCCGGAAAGAAUAAUGGGUUCCAAACCAUUCCUUUUUCUUGCCUUUUUCUUAGCUACUGUUCUUCUCAUAUCCUCAGAAGUGGCCGCUAGGGAACUGGCUCAGACUUCCAAUGCCAUUGAUGCAUCUAAGGAAGCUGAGAAGGCAAAUGGAGCCCCCGUCGAUGAUGCCAAGUACCCGGGAGGCGGAUACGGAGGGUACCCUGGAGGUGGAUACGGUGGGUACCCUGGAGGUGGAUACGGUGGGUACCCUGGAGGUGGAUACGGUGGGUACCCUGGAGGUGGAUACGGUGGGUACCCUGGAGGUGGAUACGGUGGGUACCCUGGAGGUGGAUACGGUGGAUACCCGGGUGGUGGGCGUUAUGCUGAAGCUCAGCUCAUGACUUCUAACACAGCUGAGGAAGCUGCCAAGACAAAUGGAGUUGAGGUCAAUGAUGCCAAAUACCCAGGAGGGGGUGGCUACGGUGGCGGCUAUGGUGGUGCAGGUGGCUAUGGAGGCGGAGGCGGCUAUGGUGGCGGAGGCGGCUGGGGUGGUGGCGGAGGUGGCAGUCAUGGUGGCUACUGCCGUUACGGGUGCUGUGGACGGAGGUACUACGGAGGCGGUUGCCGAUGCUGCAGUUACGCUGGUCAGAAGGCAGAUGCUGAAGCUCAGGCCACGCCUUGAAACGAAGAAAAGCGGAAGUGCUUAAAUUCCUAUACUAAAUAAUAGCUUUGAAUUCUGAAUAAAAUGCAUGAAUUAAAAAUGAUGUUUUUCUUUCAUGCAUAUACAUAAACCCUAG